AACGCUCCGGGGUGGACGAGAAAAUGGUACGAACUGAUUUCGUCAGAGGAUUGUCAAACUCUCACCUGCGGAAAAAGAUCCGCAAGAAAUGCAACCCUAUAGAACAUACCCUGACGGAGUUUAUUCAGUACGCCAUUAAGUACGGGAAAGAAAAUUACGAUGUGGGCCUGGACUCAGAAUCCGACGAAGACGACCCUUCGGGUGUUCGACGCCAUAGCUACUCCGCUACGGCAAGAAUGUUUGAGGAUCGCUUCGGGCUGGGUCCGACAAAAAAAGGGUCGGAUCGGAAAGCUUCUUCCUCUGCUUCGACCUCCUGUCGCUCUAAUCAAGCUCAAGGAGGCCGGGACGAGGAAAAAGUAUCCAUGAAAGAGGUCGGGGCCCAACUAGUUACGGUAGUGGCCCCGUUGACGAAGUUUGUUCAAGGUUUGCAGCGGCAACGUAUAGCCGCUGCACAACGGCAACAAGCGGCUAUGGCCGCCGGGGCCCCUAUGAUGAGACCGACCGUGGUCGGGGCUGUCCCGCCCCUACGCUGCUAUAACUGUAAUCAGCCAGGUCACCUUGCGAAGGACUGUCCGAAGCCCAGACCCGCGGCCGGACCUUCUCAAAUCCCGUUAGCCGCUCCUGCUGCUGCAGGACAAGGGAGGGUAGCCACGGUAAUGGACACGGGAACGACAGAGAUGGUGGCCCCUGCGGCCGCCGAGAUAGGGCCCGAUGAAUAUAUGGCGGCGGCGAUGUUUGAACCCGAGACCAUCGGAGUGAUACGUCACGUCCAAAGGAUUACCGAGGAAAGCGAUCUCGGACCUUGGCGACCAGGGUUCGAAGAUCUUACUGCGCCUGGUCCUGAAUACAAGGAUGGCCAUAUCAACGUAUUGGAUGCCUUGAAGGCUUUGGACUUACGGAUCCCCGUCCCCAUCCCCUAUUUGCUAACCAUUUCCGAAGCGGCUAACGAAAAGCUGAUAGAACGAUGCCUCAAGAACCGGCGCCGGUUCGAAGAAAACCGAAAAAGCAAAAAGCCGGCUAUUCAGGACCUACCUACGACCGAAGAGGCCCAACCCUCGACCUCGAGGGUACACGAAGCGAACCGGGUAGGGAUGAUCCAGACCGUGGAUCCUGCCCCAGAAAAACCUGAGUACCACGUGGAACAUAUUGAGUGGGUAUUGCAUGCGCUGAAGGAUGCGGGGUUCAAAGUAGCUUUGGAGAAAAGCGAGUUCUUCUUGUCUGAAAUCUCCUUCUUGGGCUACAUCGUUACGGUCGAGGGACUAAAACCCGAUCCAAUGAAGGUAGCAGCGGUCCGAGAAGCCCCAGUACCAGUCACGCUCACCCAGGUUCGAGCCUUUCUAGGGAUGGCAUCCUAUUAUCGACGUUUCAUUCAAGGGUGUGCCUGCCUCGCCAAGCCGCUGACGAACCUGCUGAAGAAGGAGGAACAGUUGAUCUGGACGCCAGAAUGCGAGGCGGCUUUUCAGGCGCUCAAGGAGGCUCUGACAUCGGCGCCCGUGCUGGCACGUCCCGACCCGACAAGACCGUUCGCACUGCACACAAAUUGGCAGCCGCAGGCGAUAUCGGCAGUGCUGACUCAGCACGGGGUGGACGGAAGGGAGCACGUCAUCGAGUAUGCGUCAAAAAUGCUGAGCCAAACACAGUCGAAUUACGAAGCGUGCAAAGGUGAGUGCCUGGCGGUGGUGUGGGGGAUUCAGCAUUUCCGAUCGUAUCUUUACGGCCAGAAAUUUGUGCUGAUAACGGAUCAGCAGCCGCCGCUGUCCCUACGCAACAACACGGAUUACACGGGGAAGCUAGGAAGGUGGGCGGUGCGCCUGCAGGACUAUGACAUCGACAUUCGCCACCGUGCCACGCGACAACAUGGGAACGCCGAUGGAUUGACGCGCCUCUUGCCGCCCAACAAGUGUCCCGCCAACGAGCGACUCAUUCCGUGGAGGCCGGAAGCCACUCCGACGGAACCGCGCUAUGGGGAGCUGCACACGUCGAUUGCGGAUUGCUUACUGUGGCAUCAGUUCAAUGAGGAGCGGCAAUUUCGCUACGACAUUCAGCAGGUGAACGUGGCCGCGCCCAGGAUCGCCGACCUGGCGACAUACUCGUUGCUCUGUGAGAGACUGACGUACGCGGGGGUGUACGUGGAUGUGACGCAACUGCCCAGGCGGGAGAUGACUCGGGUGUUUAUCGAGUUUCACGCGCUCCAGGUGGCACCCAACUUCGUGCAUAGCACCGCCACCUUUAUUGGCGAUUUGACGAUCUUGGCGCAGGAGCAUCAGGACCCGGUGCGCAAUUUUGUGCGCGACUACGCGGUGCAGGUGGCGAGAUCGGUGGCCAGAGUGCAAGGACGGGGAGGACAUCAAUUCACAGCCCACGACACGCUGUUGCGUCGGGCAGAGGACGGGUCGAUUGCGCUAGAAUACUUGGUGGAGUUGACCGACGUGGAGCCGCUGCCCUUCGCAGACGAAGACGCGUGGGAGUUGCAUCGCGCGCUGUAUCAAUCGGUGGUGCUGGGCAUGUUCCGAUUCUCCCUCGAGCACGACGAGCACAACAUCGGGGAACACUUCGUCGUCUAUUACAUCAUCACGCGGCCCAAGCCGGCGCAGAAGGAAGGUACGGUGGCGUUGUAUCCGUUUGGGAAGUUUCAGACGAAAGAUUUGGGGCUGCUGGAGCUCAUACAUCUUGAGCUCCUCUCCAUCGCGCAAGUGAUCGCGAGCGAGGAAGAGGAUAUCAAGCCGCGAUUGCGGACACCAUCGGCCCCGCGAAGGACGUUCAAUGCGGUCAUGGUUCCAGACUACAUUGCGCAGUACGAGGAAAAAGUGGUGGAUUUCCGCGACGAGAAGCCGUUGCGGCCUCCCUCGUCGUAUCCAAGACCUGCGCCGCCGAAGGCCCCCAGGCGGACGCCGAAGAGGAAGCGACGACAUCCAUCGCCCGGAGCGCAAGACCGUCGAGUUGGUGGGGGCGAGGAAGUGGUUCAGCCCGUGCACGCGCGAAGUCCAGAUCCUGUCCCUGCGAGUGCGGCAACAUUGGUAGAGGAGCCUGUUAUGCCAUCGCCACCCAUCCCGCGCCUGCCCGACCUCAAUCUUGAUGGAGCCAGGCCAUCAGCAGCCGCAGCAGGAAGAAGCCGAGUGGGAUUACCGUAUCCCGCCUCCCGUCUGCCCGUCCUCGCGGGACCUUUCCGCUUCCGCCAGCCACCCCGGGGUGCCCCGGUCACAUUAGCAGUUCCUCCGAGCCGGACGGUCCACCCGACAGAGUUGGGCUUCAGGGUGGAGCCCACCACCAUCAGGCUCGAGGCCAUCGCGGGGGUGCCACGUCCUGAUCCGGCAUGGGAGCCAUAUUUUACACCCCCUUUUCACGCGUGUAUAGAGGCGAGGAUGAUUGGGACGCUCAUCUACGAGACCGGGCAGCGUCCCAAUGCGAUGUAUCAUUUUCUCAUCUUCGCGGCGCAAAAGCGGGAGCGGCAGCCCUACACCAAGACUCAUCUGGUUAAGACGGGACCCGAACCCCGAUCGGUGCGCAAACGUGUGGUGCGAGCGGUGGCGGAUCUGGCGUCCUAUCUCAUGUGCCGGGGGCCUUCCUCAAUCCGUCGUUCGUCCAGCACCACUUCCAUGAAGUGGAUGCGCCAAUGACUCCCGCAACAAUGGCCGCCUUCCUUCCACCUAUUCCACCCCCUUUUAAUCCCGAUA